UCGAACCAAUAACCCUUUGGUUCAUAGGCUGACUCUCAGUCCACUGAGCCACACCAGCCACGGGCCGGUAUUUAGAUUUUAAAAUUGCUCUAGCAAAAAUGGGGAAAUUGGAUUGGAGAGGAAUAAAAAUGCCCACUGAAACCAGUUAGUGGAUGGUUGCAAAGCCUAGGCCAGGGUGGCAGUGAUGGUUUCGGGAAGUAGAGUCCUAUGCUGCCAGUGGGAACCAGAUCUUGUAGUCACUUUCUUCUUGUGGGCAAUGUGGACUCAGUGGAGAUUUUAUAAAUAGGAGUGAUUUGGCUACGUAGGAUGUUUAAACUGGGCAGGAAAGGUGUCAGUACAGGAAAGGCUUGGUUUUUAAAAACGUUGGAUUUUUUAAUACCUGUAGGACACCCAGGGAGAGUAGUGGAGAGUGUGGUUGGAAACACAGGGCCCGUUAGGCUGGUGAUUUCACUCUGGUGUCCAAAUGGUGGCCAGGGCCUUUGCAGGAGGUUGGUGACCCGAGUACCUGGUAUUUGUCCUUUAUGCACAUUUCACAACAGUUUGGAUGCACCUGCUGUGAUUUUCUUACCAUUUGUAAACUUACUUAUGCUGCAUACAACACUAAGGAUUUUAUGUUACCUCUUUAAUUCUCACAAGUGUCUGAGCAUCAGUUAAGACAUGAUGUCUUUGAGACGUGGCACCUGAAGCUUAGGGAAGUGAAGUAACGAAGGUUAGCUGUUAACAGGGGUGGAGCUGAGAACCCAGGCGGGCUCACUGCAGCACCUGUCCUCUGAACCGCUACCAGAUGCCACUCCUCCUCGACAUCUGACCCGACAAGUAAGCAAGGCAAAUAAACAAGACGGAGAGGGACUGAAUGAGAACGCGUUUAUUGACCUUUGAUGGACUUGUGUGUGCUUUGUGUUGCUUGUGCCUUAGGUGCGUUAGUGUACUUUCUCAUUUACCUUAAUAUUUACAUGUUCUGUGAUGUAUUGGGUAUCUGCUCUGCUUUAAAAAUGCAGAAACUGUGUCCCAGACAGCCUGAGUGACUUACUUGGUGGAGAUCCUUAAUAGCUGGUUAAUGGCAGAGCUGGGAUUUAAAAUGGGCCCUUUCACUCCAAGAUCCUAUAGAAAAUUUCAGCUGUAGCCCUUGGACUAGGAGCCGAAAUAACAGAAGCUGUGUACGAUGCAUUAGGGUGUUGAAGAAAAUUAAUUUUUGAAUUAAAUACUUGGAAUACAAGGAAGGAAAGGUGACUGAAAAUGGGGCGGAAGAAAAUACAAAUCACACGCAUAAUGGAUGAAAGGAACCGGCAGGUCACCUUCACAAAGAGGAAGUUUGGGUUAAUGAAGAAAGCCUAUGAACUCAGCGUGCUCUGUGACUGUGAAAUAGCGCUCAUUAUCUUCAACAGCUCCAACAAGCUGUUCCAGUACGCCAGCACCGACAUGGACAAGGUGCUCCUCAAGUACACCGAGUACAACGAGCCGCACGAGAGCAGGACCAACUCGGACAUUGUCGAGGCUCUCAACAAGAAGGAGCACAGAGGGUGCGACAGCCCAGACCCUGACACUUCCUAUGUGCUAACUCCGCACACAGAAGAGAAGUAUAAAAAAAUUAAUGAGGAGUUUGAUAAUAUGAUGCGGAAUCAUAAAAUCGCACCCGGCUUGCCACCUCAGAACUUCUCGAUGUCCGUCACAGUCCCUGUGAGCAGCCCCAGUGCUCUGUCCUACACGAACCCAGGGAGCUCCCUCGUGUCCCCGUCUUUGGCGGCCAGCUCCGCGUUAGCAGACUCAAGCAUGCUCUCUCCGCCUCAGGCCACGCUGCACAGAAACGUGUCCCCUGGCGCCCCUCAGAGACCACCGAGCACCGGCAGUGCAGGUGGGAUGCUGAGCGCUGCAGACCUCACGGUGCCAAAUGGAGCUGGAAGCAGCCCAGUUGGGAAUGGAUUCGUAAACUCAAGAGGUUCUCCAAAUCUGAUUGGAACUACUGGUGCAAAUAGCGUGGGCAAAGUCAUGCCCACAAAGUCGCCGCCUCCUCCGGGCGGUGGCAGCCUGGCCAUGAACAGCCGGAAACCAGACCUCCGCGUCGUCAUCCCCCCGUCCAGCAAGGGCAUGAUGCCGCCUCUGUCGGAGGAAGAGGAAUUGGAGUUGAACCCCCAAAGGAUAAGCAGUUCUCAAGCCGCGCAGCCCCUGGCCACCCCGGUCGUGUCCGUGGCGACGCCCAGCCUGCCUCCGCAGGGGCUCGUGUACUCGGCCAUGCCGACCGCCUACAACACUGAUUACUCGCUGGCGAGCGCGGACCUGUCGGCCCUGCAGGGCUUCGGCUCCCCGGGCAUGCUGUCCCUGGGGCAGGUGUCGGCCUGGCAGCAGCACCAUUUGGGACAGGCUGCCCUCAGCUCUUUGGUUUCUGGAGGGCAGUUAUCUCAGGGUUCCAAUUUGUCCAUCAACACCAACCAGAACAUCAACAUCAAGUCCGAGCCGAUAUCACCUCCCCGGGAUCGAAUGACCCCGUCAGGCUUCCAGCAGCAGCAGCCACAGCAGCCGCCGCCACCACCGCCGCCGCCAUCACAAGCGCCCCAGCCCAGGCAGGAUGUGGGGCGCUCGCCCGCGGACAGCCUGAGCAGCUCCAGCAGCUCCUACGACGGCAGCGACCGGGAGGACCCGCGAGGGGACUUCCACUCCCCCAUCGUGCUCAGCCGGCCCCCGAACGCCGAGGACAGAGAGAGCCCUUCUGUGAAGCGCAUGCGGAUGGACGCCUGGGUGACCUAAGGCCGCCGGGCGGCGGUCUGUACUGUGACUGCAGUGAACUGCCCGACGUAGCUAAGGGGGUUGGUGAGGACGUGAGGUAAAUAUAUUUAUAUGUACAUACAUACAUAUCUACCCUUCACGUAUGUAUGUAUGUGGGUGUGAGUGUGUGCGUGGGUGUGUGUUGCAUAUGCAGAAUCAGGCACUGACCUGCAACUCCUGUCGACCUGCAGACGCGCGUCCCGGCAGAGCGGGCACCCUGUAGGCGGAGUCUAGUGCGGCGUCUCCCUGGACCCCGUGGUCGCCAGAGACCCGGUGUGUGCAGAGACGUGUGCCGUAGGUGACCCUCCCACACUAGCUUGCGGAGGCCCCGAGGGCCCCCUCGUGUGUGACUGCGGUGACUGUAGUACUGCGGAGAAGUGCUUUGUAGAGCAGAGCGGUAGAACAGCAGGAACCGAGAAAGCAAUACUGUACAUAGGAUGUCCUCUGUAUUAACCACCCAACCCGGCAUGGGUCUCUUUUGCAAAGGGGUGCAUGGCAAAGGGCUGUCGGUAGUAAAAAAAAACAAAAAAGCCCCACACGUAACUGUUUUGCACGUGCAAAGAUGUAUCGGGUCAAAGAAGUGAUCUUUAGCUAAUAAGAGAGAGAAUAGAAAACACGCAUGAGAUCUUCAGAAAAUACUAGCCUAGAAAUGUAGAGCAUUAACAAAAUAAAUUAAUAUAUUAAGUUAUAAUUGGGAUAUGUCAGAAGUUUCUUUUUACAUUCAUAUCUUUAAAAAAACUGAUUUUAGCUCAUGUAUAUUUUAUAUGAAAGAAAAACACCCUUAUGAAUUGAUGACUAUAUAUAAAAUUAUAUUCACUACUUUUGAAACAUUCUGCUAUGAAUUAUUUAUAUAAGCCAAAGCUGUAUGUUUUAACUUUUUUUUAAGAGACUAGCUUUAUCUUGUUUUAACUUUUUAGUUUUAUUCUAAGAGGGAAAAAAUACCUUGCAAGCAGAACCUUGGAAAGAAAAAGCCAUGAACACUUACUAUUCUAUAUAUAAAUUAAAAGUUGAGCCAAACGUUCUGUAAAUAGCAUCUUAAAUAUAUUAUCACCUUUGAUGUAAGUACCUAUGUAUUGUAUGGUCACCAGAUUAAAAAGUAUAUUUUUGUGGAUUUGCCGCCAAUUUGGGGGGAGGCGAGAUCCCUGUUGAGUAGAGUAUUCACUGUUCGAUAUUUACUAUUUUGUUAAAUAUACUGUACUUUGGAUUUUCAUUAUUAGCCCAGUCCUUCCGGGUGUUGUGUACGGUCCCUCACUGGUGGUGAGUGUGUGGUGUUGCCUUGUAACCUUUGUGCUGUAUGGGUUGAGCAUCAUUAUAUAUUUUAUAUGUGUGCAUAAAUAGCAAAGUGGCAAAAAAAAAAAACAAAAACAACCGUGGUGUUAAGUUCAUGCUGCAGAAGUGCCCAGUGUGUUGUAACAGGCUCUGUGAGGCACCACCGCAAACUCGCCUUCUGGGAGGAGGCCCCAGAGCAGGCGGCCAACGAGAGGAGCACAAAGGUUCUCCGGGUGGUGCACCAUCGGGGAGCCCUCGAGGGCGGGGACCUUUCUCCCCGCCUCCGAGGGGGGGUCCUGCAGUGGGGACAGGAUGCUUCGGGGGAGGGGACCACGCCCUCAGCUCCCAUCCCAACCAAGGCCUUACGCUCACAGGGGACAGUGGGUCCGCCCCUGUUCUGCGCUUGUGCCGCAAGUGAAGUUCCAAGUCCUGUAGAUCUUCUACCACAGACUUUUAAGUACUACUUUUCCUGAGAAACUCAAAAUGAGGGUUUAGAAAUGCUGCUAUUUUAUAUUUUACACUUAACAUUGAGCAGCUACCUACAAUUUGUACUUACAUUUCCCCCCCUAAAUUGCACCCCUUUUGGGGGUUCGCUUAGAUGCUCUUGGUGACAAAUCAUCAGGCAGGUUCUGAGUGGCGCAUGGGCGGGAGCCUGUGGUGCUCACAGCGCAGACACUCGCUUUUCAGAUGCCCCACCUUCCUGAACCACUUCCUCGCAGGCACAUUUCUUCAUAGGUCACCUUAGUCAGAGCAAGGCCGUCUCCCGACACUGCACUUCCAAGACAACCCUCACCACGCACACCCGCCCACAGCUUUGAAAGUGUUCAGUGACCCUUCCGUUGUUGCUUCUGCACAUUCAUGACCUUCUGCUGUCCACUGGCAUGGGAGUGGACACCGUCACCUUUACUGUCUAUUUUCUUGUGUGCCUUAAGAGAUGGCUUUUCUGACUGUAUCUCAGUAGUCUUUCUUUCUAUGCAGGUUUCUAAUCAGUACAACUACUGUUUUCUAAAAUAACCUUACACAAGGCUCGGAGUUUGUAUUCCAAUCACAAAGACCAAGUAACAAUGGACUCCGUUCUCGGGAACCGAGUGUUCGACUGUUAGCCCUUCCCCACACGCACAGGGACCCGCCGCACACGGACCUGGCAGGCAGCCCGCACCUCGCCCCACGCACGCACAGGCUCCCUAGGACCUCCAUCUCUCACCUUUCCAGACUCAAGUGUUUUGUAUGACACCAUCACAAGAAAAACGCACCCAUGCAGAUGAAGUAUUUUAUUACUAAAAGACAAAAACAAAAAAAGCUUAGCGUGAAUUGCACUGGUUACAGCCCGGUUUCCGAGAGCCGUGCUCCCCCCCCCCCCCACGGUGGUGGAGGGACGCGGCCCCCGGAGGCCUGCAGGUGGUCCCGCCCCAAACUCCACCCCGCGAGCCCCCAUUACUCCAUUGUGUUAGCGACUCAGUCGGGUUGGUUCUGAAAGGAACCACCUGUGUCACCAUUUCCUUUAACCAGAGGGACAGCUGACAGCAUCCACACAUUUUCCGUAUUAACCAUCAUGCGCACAAGAAAUACAUAGUAAAUCGGGAAGCAGAAACUCCUAGCAUUGGAUCAUAAGAAGCUAGAUGAUUAUUAGAAUGUGAACAAGAUUUUACAAAUGUAAAACUUUCCUUUCUCUGUAGAAACUUUCUUCACUUUGCUGUGCAAGAAGACACUGCUUUGCUAUAUUUAAAAUGGCUUUUUUAAAAGAGAUUUAUGUAUUUGGUAAAUGUUUGUAGUCAACAGUUCACACAAGAAGCUGUACGCGGUUUGACCACGUGAAACCGUUUGGCGGCACAAGCUGGACUUUGUUGCCAUCCCUGAGAUGAAACUGAGUUCAUCUCAACUUCUCCCCGACGUGUUGUUUUUUCUUCAUUAUACAAUAAAUAUGAUAGUGAACUUUUUAUCAAAUGGAUAAGAAAACGCUAGAGGUUGUUGUAAACUCUUUGUAUCCUGCACUCACUACAGUAAAGACAGACUGGCUUUUCCUGUGUA